AGCAUAGCAAUAAACAUCGUUUGAGCAGAGGAUUUUUUGUGUUUUUGAAUACACAUUGAAUAGUGAAUCAAGUCAAUAUUUGGAAAAACCAAUUUAGUGCCAUCGAUCUGUUAAAAAAUGGAAGAGAGUGGAGAUUUUACUCUCAAUUUGCCAUGCGACUGCUUUUUGGAGAUAAUAAAGUACAUUAUUGCCGAUUGCAAACUAAAUAAAGAAUUCGAGUAUGACAUUUUCAAAAAAUAUAACGAUUUAAUGAACUUUGUGUUAGCCCACAAUUUAUUCUUGGAGUUGUUUGCGGCGCAUCACAAAAAGCUGUACCAGGUUCUGGAGUUGGGCCUUGAACGCAGAACCACAAAAUUGCUUAUAGACCUGCGAGUCAAUAAGUUAUCAAACCAAAACAGGGACCUUUUCUGGAGAUCCUACCUGCAUUCUAUCAGGGAGGGGAGUUCUUUCAAGGCCGAUUUGUAUUUUGGCCAUUAUGGAAAGAAUAUGGAAAAUUACGCAGAGGUUAAUGUAGAAGGCAUUUUAUCAUACCCCGAGAAGUUAAAUUUGAAUGGUAACAUUACCUCAGAGGCAUUAGUGGAUUUAUGUGUCUCGCUACCAAAUUUAAAAAAAUUGUCCGUUGGAAGCAUUAAAAUAAGUGGAAGUAUUUCGGACAUCGCACCCCAUUGCGGUAAUCUGGAAAUGCUAAGCGUUCAAUUUAACGCAGGAGAUGAUGUUGCCAAAUUCGCACCGCUGGCUCAGUUGCCCAAUUUAAAAACCUUCACUAUUGCUGGAAUCCACAAAAGCGGUUCGCAAUUAAAAUUUUUUAAUGAUUUAACGAAAUUGCACCGGCCUAAAAGUUUACCACCUUUAGCUUUGACCAUUGAAGAUGAUAUAGACGACAGUAAUAGACCUGUUACUUUUGCUGCUCUUGAUUCAUUAGGUUAUUUGCACAUACAAGAUAGUUAUGCUGUAUUUGAUGGAAAUAGAAACGCACGACUAAGGGCGGUGUACGAGGUAAAUGAAGCACCGCAAGGUGGCAGUUCAAAAAAAGAAUCUGUGGCAACCAUAACCGUAGGUGAACUUGUGGACUUGAAAUUUGACAGCUCAAGAGAAGAACUUAUUUUAAAUAUAGCUAAAAAUUCGGAUAUAGGCCAAAUGGGCUCUUUAUCAAUGCUGCCCAAAAUGAGUUACUUGGUGAUAAAAAGUCGUUCUGGACAAUACAUAAAGCACACCUCCCUUGCAACAUUCUUUCGAUCAAUAGUCGCAAAAGAAACUUUUCUUUUAAUAUCGUGCAACAUAAAGAAUAUGUUUCUAGACCGAUCAGAAUUCAUGGAACUUUCGAAAUUAAAGUCAAUACGAUUUCUGAAGUGCUCCUUUUCCGAUUGCUAUUCGGUCCGAUUUUUAGACCAACUAACUAACUUGCAACAUAUGGAAAUUUUUGUUGACGAAUACCUUGACUCCAAAACAUCAUUACUAGUUCUGAAAUUGCUUAAUGCCAAUCAGAUAACCGCAAAACUGAAUUUCAAAAAUGUUAAUAUUACCCUAUUGAAGGGUGAACAGAACUUGGAUAUUUUUCUGAAAAUUGGCUGUAAAGCUGAAGUUCUGUCCCCCCUGGCUCAACUUAAUGGUAUUACCACCCUUCAAAUUAAAGGGCACCAAGAGCAAGAAUCUCUUAACGGACUAUUUGAAGCAUUCGCCACCAGCAAUAUAAGCACUAUCGAAGAAUUGGAUAUCUCGAAAUUGGGUGAUAUUUUUUUCAACAGUGUUUCCAAAGUAUCAGAAAUUCAAUCCAUUAAGAAACUGUCUUGCGACCUAGUAGAUCUGACUGGAGUUGAGAAAUUGGCCAACUUGGAUAAACUUCAAGAGUUGAACAUAAAAACAAAUAAGUUUGGAACCCUGUCCUCACUUUUUACAAGUCUGGCUGCGAAGAAUAAAAUUCAGUGUAUAAGAAUACCAAAUGGUACGCUUUCACCUAAAGAGAUUUUAGAGGUUUCUCGAAUAAAAUCACUGAAAGUAUUAGAGUGCAGGUUUUCCGACAUGGAAGAUCAACAAUCGUUGUCAGAGCUAGCUAACUCAAGUAUUGAAGAACUAAUUGUUUCCCCAAUUUCUUACCGCCUACACACAGAGCAAUCCGUACAUAAAUUAGUGUCUGCAUUUUCCUCAAACGGAAUAAUUAGACUUCAGCGUCUGGAAAUUAAGGGCAAAGCACUCGACAUCAGUGAAACAACUGAAAUUUCUAUGUUACCAGUUAUAAUAAGUUUGCAAAUCGCAUCUUCUGACUCACUGAGGAGCUUGGCACGUAAUCCACUGUGUAAGCUUCAGAGCUUGGAAUUAUGUUUUUCUGUUGGCCUUAGUGAAAUUGAAUUUUUGUUUCAAUUUGAAACACUGCAGUCAUUAAAAUGCGCAUUGCGCGAUGAAAAGGGUGUAGCAGUUUUGGCAAAUAUAAAAGGUCUUAAGGAACUGACCAUCGUCGAAGCAGAAGGAUCGCUUAGUGAACUUUACAAGACCUUUGCUGAUGAGAAUUUGACAAUUUUAGAAAAACUGCAUACACAAAUUAUAAGUUCGCAAGAGAUCUGUGAGAUAUCGCAAAUUAAAUCCUUAGCAGAACUAAAUAUUGAUUGCAAAUGCGCAUGUGACAAUUUAUCAGACCUGUGUCAGCUAAAUGAACUUAAAUCACUACGUAUAGCUGAAAAAGAUAAAUCAGCAGUGAAAAUCGAUAACGUGCUGCCGAUUUUUAAAAAAUGUCAAAAACUCGAUUGCGUCACCUUUGAAUUGUACGAUGGUUGCUCCGAAGCUCCCAAAAUUGCAAAGGAAGUUAAUACAAUUUUAAAAUCUAUAAGGGAUCCUGCACUUCGAAGACCAUUAAAACUUCAUAUUCAAUCCUUUGAUCUAAACAUAGAAGUCAUGGAAACUGAAUACUUGAAGGUUUCGCAUAGCCCAUCAAGUAGAAGAUUGCUUUCGCAUUACUUAGAAAGAAGGGGAAGAACAAAUUGUUUUGGAGGUUACCGCAGAAUAUCUCCAUUGUUGGGCUGCGUUAGGCCUUAGCCAAUACAUCAAAUUUCGGAGCGCCUUUGUAAUAAAACAUAUUUAAAUGCUACCAUAUGGUAUAUAAAGCAUGUUUAAUUUCAUACUUGUUUCUAAUUUUUAGCUGCUGGAAGUGAAGAUUUUCCUAGGCUUAUGCCUCAAGUCGUCUGUUAUAUUUUUCUUGUAGGAUUUAAGGAUGUCAAAUUCUGUCGUCAGCUUAUAAAGUUAAGGUUGGUAAAGCGCAUGUCCCGAAUUCGUCUACAUUAGAACAUUCAAGCUUGGGUUCGAAGGCAUCUUGUACAUAGAGAUGAAUAGACCCUAAAGAUGUUUUCCUGCCAAAGUCUCAGUUCGGUUUUGUGUAUUCCAAUUGGACAGUCGAUGAUCUUAAGUUGUUGAGAUAGCAAAAAUGACCAAAGGGAAAGACCAGCGCUUGAUAGCUGUUCCGGGCAUCAGAAACGAGAUGGAGAAGCCCUUGAGGUUCCAUCUUAAUUUCUUAGGACGAUAAA